UAAUGUCAAAUAAGUAUAAUACAUGAGUGAAUAUAAUUAAAUAAUUAUUUAAAUAUUUGUAUAAUAAUUUAUACGGUUGAAGUACUAUCGUUGGUAAUAUGAGCGAUAAUAUGAUCACACCUGUGAAAUUUAACCGCUUUAAUAUCAUUUUAUACAGAGAGUACGUAAAUUAAAGGUUAUCCGGUGAAAUACAUCCAUGUAAACACGUUUGGAAAGAUAAUGCAGUUGCAGCUGAAAUAGGGGUGAACAGUAUUAAUAGGUUGGAUCUAUGGGAUGAGUUAAUAUUGUUAGCAAUAAGGAUUGGUGGUCGAGGUGGAAAAGGUUAACAUAAUCAAAGGAAUAACCAUGACUUCCCUUGGGAAAUUAAUCUUUAUAGAUAUACACUCUAGGAAUCCAAAAGUUUCAUUUUCCAAUGAUUUGCAAACUAGUUAUGUUGAAUCUUUGUCCUUCGCAUUUCAAAAUCUAUUUCAUAUGCCAUUCGAUAUUAUUGAAAAUUAUGGAAACACAAUACACACUUUAGAUAUUAGUCAUAAUAAAUUCUGUAGAAAUUUACAAUUUCUAUCGGAGUUUGAAAACCUUACGUCUCUCAAUUUGGAUUAUAAUAAUAUAGAUGACUUUACGGUUUUCCCAUAUAUGCCGAAACUUCAAUUAUUAUGGAUUAAUCAUAAUAAGAUAGAUCAAUUAUAUCCAUUUAUUAAGAAUCUCUAUGAGAGUAUGCCUAAUUUGAAAUAUUUGAGUCUUAUGGGAAAUAAGGCUGCGCCUAGUUAUCUCAAUGGUGGAACAUUCUAUGAUUACCUACAGUAUAGAUUGUUUAUCAUAUCAUGGUUUCCACAUCUUGUACAUUUGGAUGAUCGAACAAUUACUGUUGAACAAUAUGAAGAAGCUAAAAGACUGUUUAAGAGGCCAUUUUUAGAAAGUUUAUCUGAGAAUGCUCCAUUACCAGACUGUCUUAAGUAUUUGCAUAAAAAAUUAGCAAAUAUGUUUUUUAAGCCAAUCUUGCCUAAUAAACAACAAAGUAGGGGUACGAAUUUUGUUAUUUGAAAGAUUUGUAAGUGAAAUGAAGGUAUGAGAGCAGCUCUAGAGAAUUUAUAAUGUUUUUAAAGACAUAAUAAGUAUAUAAAAAUUCUCUUAGACUUUUAAAACAACCAAUAACUGCCUUACAAUUGAUAUCAUAUAUAGUAAUUAUUAUUGUAUUAUUUCUAAGUAAAUAUAUAGAAGAAUUAAGGAUUUUAGAUAUGUUAUGAAUAACAUUACCUUUGUCCUAACUUAUUUGUUACAUGCAAAUGUUUAUGCAAAUAUGACAACUAUUUUGGGACAAAUAGUAGAAAAUUGGGACAAAUAGACAAAAAAUACUAUUUACAAUACAUCAUGGAAAUACAAUUUGUUUAUCACGGUUAUAGUUUAAAAAUUAACAAAAUCUAAUUAACUAAUAGCAAUAAUUUAUAUUGAAAUAUUUUGUUAUUUGUUAUAUAAUGUAAUCUAUUAUGUUCUUAUUCUCCUUUUAUACCUAAUUGCUUCAUUUUUAUAUAUAGUUUUAUGAAUAACCUGUUAUUUUUAAAUUAUCAUU